AUGGCAGCAGAGGGCGAGGAACCGCCUCAGGGCACGAAACGACCACACGAUGAUAGUGAGAGCGACUCGGGCGACGACAUGGGCCCAGCUCUGCCCUCCGCGGAAGCUCCAAAGAAAAAGCGGAAACGGCUGCCAUAUGAACGACAAUAUGUCGCUGCUCUGCCAUCCGCGGCGAAGUAUUCGAAAUCGCUCAUGCACAAGGAGCAAUUAUCCUACUGCACAUUCACGCCACACACCGACUUCCUCAUCACCAGUUCGAUCGAUGGAUAUGUCAAGUUCUGGAAAAAGACACAUGGAGGCAUUGAGUUUGUCAAGGAGUUCAAGGCUCAUGAAGGAGAGAUUAAAAGUGUGACGGUCAGCGCGGAUGGGACAAGCUAUGCGACUGCAGGUGUGGACAAUACAAUCAAGAUCUUCGACGUAUCCACAUUCGAUCUAUUGGCAUUGCUCGAGCCAGAGGCAGAUUCCCCACCGAAGUGCAUUGCCUAUGUGCACGGUCAUGGGUCAUCGUAUCCCGUACUGGCCGUAUCAAACGAGAGAGAUGGCCGUAUCACAAUCUACGACGGGCGUGGCGAGAAUCAGAAGCCGCWGCAUGUGGUGUCGAUACACCGGAAGCCGGUCCAUCUAAUGGCAUACAGCAAUGCCUAUGACUGUGUUGUUUCGGCGGAUGGAAGUGGAAUGAUCGAAUACUGGCAACCAUCUGGAUCUUACGAGAAACCUGAUACAGUUUUUGAGAUGAAAAGCAGCACAUCGUUGUUUGAGUUUAAAAAGGCCAAGUCAGUUCCAUGCUGUCUCAACAUAUCUCCCACCGGCCAUCAAUUCGCGACCUUCUCCUUCCCGGAUCGGAAAGUCCGCGUCUUUGAUUUCCCCACAGCAAAGCUCUAUCGUACCUACGACGAGAGCAUUGCCACGAUAACAGACAUGCAGCAAGCUGGGACGCUAAGUAAAGAACCUCUGGAAGCCAUCGAAUUCGGACGUCGUAUAGCAGUGGAGCGAGAGUUGGAGAACCCUGCUGUCCGGUCUCGCAUCAACAUCACCUUUGACGAAAGCGGCCACUUCAUUUUGUACGGCAGCAUACUGGGCACAAAGGUCAUCAACACCCUCUCGAAUCGCAUGGUGAAGCUUUAUGGUCGUGAUGAAUCCUUCCGACCUCUCAAUCUCACAUUAUACCAAGGAGCGCCCGACAAGAAGAACGUGGUCACAGUGCAGAUGGCAGCUUCAGAAAACCCUCUGCUGGCCGAAGCGGAAGCACGAGAUGCAAUGCUUGUGACCACGGGCAGUGGCAAGGUGCGAUUUUACAUGUUCACCAAUGAAGACAACGUCUCCAAGUCGGAUCGUGAUAUUCAUAAUGAAAAGCCGCGAAUGCUCGGCAAUACCAAGACUGCAGCGGAGGAAGCGAAGGAGGCACGAAUGGGACUCUCCGCUACYAUCCACACCACCAUGGGCGAUAUUCAAAUCCGCCUCUUCCCCGCACAAGCACCCAAAGCUGUGGAAAACUUUACUGUACACGCCAGGAACGGAUAUUACAACAAUCUAAUCUUCCACCGUAUUAUCCGAAAAUUCAUGAUCCAGACUGGAGAUCCGCUUGGCGACGGAACAGGAGGCGAGUCGAUCUGGGGAAAGGAAUUCGAGGAUGAAUUCAGUCCAGACCUGAGGCAUGACAAGCCAUAUACCGUCAGCAUGGCGAAUGCUGGACCUGGUACGAAUGCCAGUCAGUUCUUCAUCACGACUGAGCGCACACCGUGGCUGGAUGACAAGCAUACCAUAUUUGGCCGGUGUGUGAAGGGAAUGGACGUGGUGCAUCAGAUCGAGAACACCAAGGUGUGGAAGGAGAAGCCUGUGGAAGACAUCAAGAUUGUGGAUAUCAGCAUAGGGUAG